AUUGUAUCAAGCAACUCAUCCGGUCGAGAUAGCAAACCGCUACACUUCAAACGAGCUCAUCGCGCUUCGACGCUUCACCAGGAAGAAGCCUGCUCACAUGCCGCAUCUUCUGGACUGCGGGGAAUUCUGGUUGACCGAAGAUGAUGACAGGCAGGCCAUGGCUGGAGGCUUCAUGAUCGGAAUCCUGAUGACCAAGCUUCCUGGCACGCAGAUAACUUACAAGAUGCUCUGCUACGAGAAGGACAAGAAAGGACGGGAUGAGAUCAGAGAUGCCUUUAAGGUCGCGCUCUUGUACGCAUCCCUGUAUAUAAGUUAUUAUCGUCAGCUGAUCAGAGAAAGCUAUCUUGUUGACUUCGAGGACGAGGUGGUCGGGCUGGCGACUUUCCGAAGAGUAUGGUCGGGAGGACCGGGUGCUCUGAGUUUGCCAGUAUCAGUGUUAUUCAAGACGGAGAUGAACGUCUGAAGUCGAUGUUGGGUCGGAGGAGGACGGACCCCUGCGAUGGCGUCCCCGCAAUCGUGCGACC